AUGCCUCUACUAACGAUCGCGACUGAGGUUUUGCUCUUAAUCUGCGAGGAACUCACAAUAGAGGAUGUGCUCUCGCUCCGACUGACAUGUCAUUCUCUCGCUACACUCACCCAGAUGAAGAUCCUCUGGACACGCCGCCUGACCGAAUACGUGCACAACUGGGCCCACAUCGCGCGCUAUCGGCAGCUGGACGCACGUGACGUGGAACUUGUCAUCCGGCGUCUGGCUGUUCUGCGGCAACAAAAGCUGACCGGCGACCUGACGCCCGCGCGCACGUGGCGGCAUCACGUGGGGCAGCGCAUCCGCUGGCUGGGCCUUGCGCGCUCGCGGUGGCUCUUCGUGGCGGCGUCAGACGGGGACAUAAGCAAGAUUGCGUGUUGGGACCUGGCCCGAGUGUUCAAAGGCAAUGAAGACGACGCUCCGCUCGCCACGGCGUUCCUCCCCUCACAGGUUCACACCGCCAGGAUGGAAGAACACGGUACGACGGCUGUGCUCGCCCUCGGGCUAAUGGACCCGGUUGUUGCGCUGAAUGUCGUGUCUUUCGAGCUCGGAGCGGAACGGGCGACAUUCAACAGCAUCCGGGUGUUCCCGGAAUCAUCGCAUGUGCUGUUUCUCGAGGGCCGCCUCGUCGGAUGCGCUAUCCGGAACGGCGCCAACGAGCCGCACGUGGUCGACUGGGUCGCGGGCGAUGUGCUGGCUGCCGAGCGGCCGCCCAGUCCCAUGGCUAUCCCGGGCCAACGGAGUGUGCCCCAUCUAAUGGCUACAUUCAAUAAUAACUUAUUACUCGUCGUUAUCCGCAGCGAGACUGUGGAAGUAUACCGUCGGUAUGCUGAUGGGUACGCCUUUCACACGUGCCUGCGCUGUGUGCCGCCCAUUUGGGAAAUUGUUCGGCCUCUGGGACAGACAGCAGCGCUCCAGUUUGUCGCCUUGACCGAGCAUGGCGUCGCACGAUUGACAAUCGAGUCGAACGACGAAUUUUGCCGCGAUAUCCGCCUUUGCAACACCCUACUCUAUCCAAUUCCCGUUGCUACUUGUGACGUAUCAUUCGACCCUCAGGCUUUCCGCAUCCAUGUCGGCCGGGCGGCACGGGAAGUCAUGUGGAUGUCCCCCUCACCUGCAUGGUCAUGGGGGUAUAGUAUUACAGGCAAGGAGGCACCCACAAUAGUCGUUGCGUCUCUGCCCACAGACCUGCCAGUGGACGUGGAGGAUGACCAUAAAAUGGCUCUAGAUGGUUUCAAGAUCUCGUGGAGUGACAAGAGCCCCCACGCGCCGGCUUUCUGGGGCACUCCCUGUCUUGAUCUGGACGAGGACGCUGGCCUGACCGUACUGGGCACGUGUUUUGGAGAGCUCGCUGUGUACGACCACCCAGGCCGGUACGGGCAGCUGCCUCCCAGUCUUCGACUUCCCGCGCCAGAAUGUAAGACUCUUGCAUUCCAAAAUGCAGGAGUCCUCCCUAUACAUCCGAUUUUCCUCGGAAUACCCCCCGGCCCGACGCUACGCAUGUCAGUCGAUCAGCUCGCGCGGUCACGUGCUGUACAGUGGGCGGGCGACGCUUUCGUCGCGGAGGUGGAUCCACUGUGGGGGACGGCCGCGCGCUUCCAGCCUGCGCCCCACCCGCCGAUGGAGCACUACGAUAGCACGCCCAGUGGCCGUUUCUGGGAUCAGGACACAUGGGCCGGCGGGCCGUGUGACAAUGCGUGGUGGCUCGCCGAGGCGUACGGUUUCCCCGGCACGGUCCUGCCACAGGCAUUCCGCGAUGAGAGCGCGGACGGCGGGGACACCUUUUUCCUUGUUCUCCGCCUCCGCAUCACCAAUGCUGACCCCGAUGCCGGCCCACUGUUUGUUGCGACAAUGUCGACAAGUUCCCUUGAGGAGUAUGAGUUCUGUGCAGUGCUGGCACAAGGAAUCGACUGGGGUACUGAGUCAGAGAUUGACGAGUAUCUCUUUCGUCACCGUGCUGCCAGUGGGACAGAGUCACAGCUCCGGCCAACAGCGCUGGCAGAGCGGCGGGCAUAUUUGCUUGGGAUGCGAACACACUCAGGCUGGCAGCGUAAAAAUAAAUUGGUCAAAGCAUGUGCAUAA